AUGACUAAUUUGCGGCGCAGGACAAGCGGCAUCACAAUAAAGUCCGGGCGGGAACUUGCUCAGAUGAGACAGGCAGGCAAAGUCGUCGCAGAAGCGAAAGUACACAUAAUGGAGGCAGUGAAGCCCGGCGUCACCACAGGUGAACUGGACAGCAUCGCCGAAGAAGUAAUACGCAAGAUGGGCGCCACCCCGUCGUUCAAGGGAUAUGCGGCAGGAGGCCUAAUACCCUUUACAGGUACUAUUUGUGCUUCCAUUAACGAGGAGAUAGUGCACGGUAUCCCGGGCGACAGGAAACUGAAAGAAGGGGAUAUAUUCAGCGUUGAUGUUGGCGCGAUCGUAAACGGAUUUCAUGGCGAUAGUGCCUUCACGAUCGGUGUCGGCGAUAUCCCGGACGAGGCACAGCAGCUCAUAGACGCUACGCGCGAGUCGCUGAAAUUAGGUAUAGCCCAGGCUACCAAUGGAGCGCGCAUCGGCGAUAUCGGGCACGCCGUACAAAAAUACGCGGAAGGACAAGGCUACUCGGUCGUCAGAAAGUAUGUGGGGCACGGCAUCGGUCGCGCACUGCACGAGGAUCCGCAGGUGCCAAACUACGGAAGGCCUAAGCGAGGAACCCUGCUGAAAAAGGGAAUGACUAUUGCAAUCGAGCCGAUGUUGAAUAUCGGCACGCACGAGACGGUUCAGUUGGAUGACGGCUGGACGGUUGUAACCGCCGACAGCGAACUUUCGGCGCAUUUUGAGGACACGAUAGCUAUAACUGCCGACGGAGCGGAGAUUCUAACCACUCCGAACGGUUACUACUUUUAA